AUGUCAUUUCAAAAGUUUCAUCAACAGAACCAUCAGCAGCUUGUCAAAGCUGUUGAUGAGAUUUGCGCAGAAUUCGAAGUGAACUCUAAAAAGCUGGAGGAACUCACGAAUUACUUCAUAGAGAGCAUGGAACAGGGAUUGGGUUCAGCCGACGAAUCGGCUGAUUAUAGGGGACUUCCCAUGAUCCCCAGUUUCGUGACUGGAAAGCCCAACGGAACAGAAAAUGGUGUUCUUUUGGCGGCUGAUUUAGGAGGAACUAAUUUUCGAGUGUGUUCUGUCACUUUGACGGGAGAUCAUCAAUUUAAGUUGCAGCAGUUGAAAAGUAAAAUUCCAGAAGAGUUGUUGGAAGACGAAAAUGUGACAAGCCAGGAAUUAUUUGGGUUCCUGGCCCGACGUACUCUGGUUUUUGUCAAGAAGUAUCAUCCUGAGUAUUUGCAGAACGAGGAAACGCUUAGAUUAGGAUUUACUUUUUCGUAUCCUGUUAACCAAACGUCAUUAUCGUCGGGAACGCUUAUUAGGUGGACCAAAGGGUUCAAGAUCAAGGAUGCCCUUGGCAAAGAUGUGGUCCAAUUGUACCAGAAACAGCUAGAGGAGCAGGGAAUGCCAAUGGUACGCGUAAUGGCUCUUGCCAAUGACACGGUUGGAACGUUUCUGUCCCAUUGCUACUCAUCUUUGAACACCGGAUCUGCCGCCACUGGAGAUAUUAGCGAGGCCGUCAUCGGUUGCAUUUUUGGUACUGGUACGAACGGCUGCUACAUGGAAAAGAUUGAGAACAUCAAGAAGUUGCCAGAGGACGUCAGAGCAAGCCUAAUACAAGAAGGAAAAACGGAAAUGAUCAUCAAUACCGAGUGGGGGUCCUUCGACAACGAACUCAAACAUUUACCAACCACGCGUUACGACGUCGACAUCGAUCAAAAGUACUCGAGCAACCCGGGUUUCCAUCUUUUUGAAAAAAGAGUGUCGGGGAUGUUUUUGGGUGAGUUACUUCGCAACGUAAUUUUAGAUUUGCACGAAAGAGGCGUUAUUUUCAAGCAGUAUGGAUCUUUCGAUUCUCUGCCCCAUAGGUUGCGCACGCCGUUCGACCUAUCCUCUGAGGUGCUGUCGCAUAUCGAGAUCGACGAUUCUUCGGAGCUAAGAGAAACAGAAUUGUCCUUGCUCCAAAGUUUACGUCUUCCUACGACAUCUGAAGAACGGUUUGAGAUUCAAAAACUUGUUCGCGCCAUUUCCAGGAGAUCCGCGUAUUUGGCUGCGGUGCCCAUCGCCGCAAUCUUAAUUAAAACCGGUGCCCUUAAUAAGAAAUACCAUGGUGAGGUAGAAAUUGGCUGUGAUGGUUCCGUUGUUGAAUAUUAUCCAGGAUUUCGCUCUAUGAUGCGCCAUGCGUUGGCCUUGAGUCCGAUUGGCCCUGACGGAGAGCGGAAAGUACAUAUCUGUAUCGCUAAAGAUGGCUCCGGUGUAGGCGCCGCUUUAUGUGCAUUGAUAGCAUGA